AAACAUGAAAGGAUAAAUUUGACAAAAGUAAUAUAUUUGAGAUGAAAUUGAGAAUUAGAUAAUUUAUUAGUGAUAAAAAUGAGGUUUAAUGGAUCUGUCGAGAGCUAUACAAGAAAAGGAAAAGAAGAUACAAAACCUGAGUUACAGCAAAAUAAAUAAACAGCACAUAAACUCUAUAUGAAUUACCAAAAUUAUGAAAGUUAACAUCCUUUUCUUAUUAUUCUCUCUUUUAAUUACCAAUUUCUCUCUGAUUUCUUCAACCAAAUCAUCUUUCAUUUCCCUCCUUGGAGUUGCCCCUCAAGAUGAGAAUUACUACAAAACAGAGACUAUAAAGUGUAGGAAUGGAUCCAAGAAGUUCGCUAGAGUUCAACUUAAUGAUGAUUUCUGUGAUUGUCCUGAUGGGACUGAUGAGCCAGGAACAUCGGCAUGCCCACAUGGAAAGUUCUCCUGUAUGAAUGUGGGACACCUUCCUGUUUCAAUACAUUCUUCAAAAGUGAAUGAUGGAAUCUGCGAUUGCUGUGAUGGAAGUGAUGAGUAUGACGGUGAAGUGAAGUGUCCAAAUACAUGCUGGGAGGCUGGCAAAGUGACCAGAGACAAGCUAAAGAAAAAAAUUGACAUUUAUAAAGAAGGUGUCACCAUAAGGAAAAAGGAAGUUGAGCAAGCAAAACAAGCAAUAGCGAAAGAUAAAGAAGAACUGUCAAAACUUAAAAACAAUGAAAAGAGUCUUAAAGGGCUUGUUAAAAAUCUUAAAGCACGUAAGGAGCAGAUUGAGAAGGCAGAGGAAAAAGAACGCCUGGUGAAAGAAAAGGAAGAGAUGAUGAAAAUGGCUGCUGAGGAUAAAUCUGAUGAUGAGCAUAAGGAAAGCUCUAGCUCUACAACUUGAGAUAGUGAGAACAAUGGGCUGUCCGAUGAACCUUCAGUAGAUCAGCAACAGAAAGAUGAAUAUGAAAAUACUGAGGGAUUGCCAACUGAUGGAUCUGAAAGCACCGAGGGGUUGUUAAGAGAAGACCUGGGUCGCCUUGUUGCUUCGCGUUGGACAGGAGAAAAAACUGAACACCAAGUUGAGGAAGUUAGUCCUAAUAAAGAUAACUAUGGAGGCAACAAUGAGAUUCCAGAGGGCACUGAUGACAAGGACCAUGACAAUAGUGAUGGAGUAACUAUUUUGAAUGGCCCAUCUUUGUUGGAAAAGAUACAGGAUGCUGCUCAAAACCUGUUUCAGGCGAUUAAUUUGUUUCCUGCUCCACUAGAUAAACUAGAUGCAAAUCGUGUUCGGAAGGAUUAUGAGGACUCCACUACAAGGUUGUCUGAUAUACAGGAAAGAAUAGCAAGUUUGACAGAGAAGUUAAAACACGACUUUGGCAUGGAGAAGGAGUUCUAUUUCUACUACGAUCAAUGUUUUGAAACCAAACAGGACAAGUACGUGUAUAAAGUUUGCCCAUUUAAAGAUGCAUCCCAGGAGGAGGGCUAUCACAUAACUCAACUAGGGCAAUGGGAGAAAUUUGAAAACUCAUAUGGCUCCAUGCUGUUUUCAAAUGGUGAUGGAUGCUGGAAUGGACCUGAUAGAAGUUUAAAGGUCAAGCUUAGAUGUGGACUGAACACAGAACUGACCGAUGUGAAAGAACCAAGCCGCUGCGAAUAUGUAGCUCUGAUGUCGACCCCUAUCCGUUGCCUAGAAGGAAAGCUUGAGGAACUUGAGCGUAAACUUGAAUCAAUGUACAAUGAACAACUGCAAGGUGGCCAUGAUGAGCUGUAAACUGGGUGCAGCAAUUGGCAAAUGCUCCAGAUAUUGCAUCAAAAAGUGGCCAUCCAAAGCUAUCCGAGUUUAUUUAUGAUGAUGAGAUGCAGUUAUCUCCUCGAGUAUUGGACCAAAACAAUGCAUCAAAGCUUCCACAUGAUGUUCUUUGUGCAUGUCUUCUAUAGGCCUUUACUAAAUCUCCCAUUUUAGAUUAUUUUCCCCACGGCAGAGAAACUAGUUUGAGAUUUUACCGAAGUUUUGGGUUGGGAUCCCAUUUAUCAAUUUCAGAACUAGAUGCUGUUUAUCUUUAUAGAGUAGCUUUGAAUUUUUAGAGGGAUGUAAUAAAGUUCGUCAAUUUUGUUAGUGUAAUAUUUUUCUUCAGGCUAUACAGAGAGACAUUAGAAACUGGCAAGUUGUGAACUUGUAAUUCUUCAUAUUUGCAUCUGCACCAA